AUGCCGCCGCCGCUGCACCCUCCACUAUGGCUGCGCCUUCACCUUCUCCUCCGCUCCCAAACCCUAACCCCUCUCCUCCGGCGAGGAUCCAGCUGCGAUGCGCCCCUUUGCAGGACCAGGAGGCACUUCUCCGUUCGCGCCUCCGCUGCACAGCUCGCCGCCGCGGGCGUCGCGACGGCGCAGCAACCUGAACUUGGUUGGGUGUGGAGAAAUAUUGUUCAAAAAGGGGAUACUGUGGUUGAUGCCACAUGCGGGAAUGGCAAUGACACACUCGCUCUGCUUAAGAUGGUGGCCGAUGAAACAGGCCGUGGGCGUGUUUAUGGGAGGGACUUUCAAGAUUCCGCGAUUGAGAGUACUUCCUCGUUUCUGAAAAUGGUCGUGGGUGAUGAACGUCAGGGACUAGUAAAACUAUUUCCUAUAUGUCAUAGUAGAAUGGAAGAAAUUGUUCCCAAAGAUGCUCCUGUCAGGCUUGUUGCUUUCAACUUGGGCUACCUUCCAGGAGGAGAUAAAACUGUAAUCACAGUGCCUAGGACAACUGAGCUAGCAUUGCAAGCUGCCAGCAGACUUCUGAGUUCUGGGGGACUCAUAAGUGUUCUUGUCUACAUUGGGCAUCCAGGUGGAAGAACACUGAAUUCUGGCCAAAUAUCACUUAAAAAGUGGGCCGUGGUCUUAUUAAUUUUCUUCUUUCUGAUCCCUAGGGAUGAACUCGAUGUUGUUGAAUCAUUUGCAUCAAGCCUUCCUGUGGACACCUGGGCGACCUGCAAACUUCAAAUGAUCAAUAGGCCAAUUGCUCCAGUACUCAUACUUCUGAACAAGAAAUGA